AUGGCUUCAGCGCCCGAAACAACCAUCAUUUUACCUUCCAAAGCAAGCCGUGCGCGGCUUCUCGUCGACCAAAAAUGUCGAUACCACCCGUCGUUUGCCUCAACCGCUGCGCACGUCGUUCUGAGUGCUUCUGAUGGCAUUAUGUACCGGAUGCAUUCGUAUACGUUGCGCAUGGCUUCGGGAUUCUUUCGCGACAUGUUUACGCUACCCCAGCCCAGCCCACCACAUCCGAAAGAGUUCUAUUCUCAAAAUAUCGACGUGGGACGAGAUGUUUUUGUCUCCACAUACGUGUCUUCCCAUAUCCUUACUUUAUUCCUCAUGCUGAUCAGUGGAAUGCCGAUUAAUACACCUUUACAUGAAUGGGGUGAAUUUUCCCCGUAUACUUCGUGCUCCGACUCGUGCAACCCUAACGAGGUGUCGUCUCACUCCUGCUUUGACAUCAUAGAUCGUGUGUUGCGUCUAGCAGAAAAUUGGGAUGCACCAGGACCUUUAUCAUAUAUACGACUAGGUUUGCGGAGUACAGAGCUGGCGAAACGAGAUCCCUUGCGAUUAUUCUCGAUAGCGUCGCAUUUUGGAUGGGAAUACGAACGAAAUUGGGCUGCACAGCACUCCUUAAUGAUCGACAUAUCCUCGCUCUCCGACAGUGACACACAAAAUACCUUGGAAGGCAUGUCUUCAAAGGACCUACUACGCCUUUUGAAACUGCGCCACAGAAGGAAAGAAGAAUUUAGGGCGUAUCUCGAUGAUCCCGAUCGUUUCUCAGUCGGUAAUUCGGACAUCUUUUGCGCACAAUGUCACGAAGCUCGAAUAGACAAUGGAACGUGGAAGAUUUUGAAAGAGGUGAUGGUAGCGGAACUGGAACGGCGACCGCUAGGAGAUAGUAUUGUGGGUUACGACGUUGAUGGUAUUGGCGGGGAAAAUUCUACUGGAGGUAUACUCACUUGGCCAGAAGCGGAAGCUUGUUUCAAGGCGACUUGUGAGAAGGGCUGCGGGAGCUUGAACUAUGAUGAAUGCGCCACCUUGAAACAAAUUCAAGGUGGUAUAGAUAGUCUCCCUUGGGACUUGUGA